AUGACCCUCGCGGAGUCGCAGCCCCCCUUUAGUUCGCACCGCGCAUGGUAUGCAGAUGGCUUCUUGGACACUGUCGCUGAUGGGUCAAUGUUUUCGCAACACGAAGACAGCGCGGGAGAGGAAUGCAAUGGCGAUGUUUCGAGCGACGAGCUGAUUGGUGGGCGAUACCGUCGCGUUCGUCGCGUCGGCGCGGGGUCGCAGGCGGUCGUGUGGGAAUGCGAAGAUGUUGUAACGUCGCAGCGGGUGGCAUGCAAGAGCUACUUGAUGGCGCAGGCCCCGUUGCGCGACAUCGCGGCGGAGGUGCGAUCGCUGGAGAUUGUGGGCGACCAUCCGAACAUCGUGCGACUGCACGACGUGAUCGUUGGGCGACAGGGAAGCAGCCGAGCAGGCAGAGUAGCAUGCGAAGGGACAGGCGGAGCAGCAGGCCGAGUCGCGGAAAUAGGAGCAGGUGUAAGGGCAUGUAAAGCAGCAGAGGUGGAUAACUCGUGUAAACCUGAUAAAUCAUCCGCGCCUCGAAUUUCCGCCGUCGCAUCUCAGCCGUUGGAUCCAUCCAUUGACGCGAGCGUGCACGUGCUGAUGGAGCUGGUCCCUGGCGACGAUCUCCUCACGGAGAUUCUGCAGCGCGGCCCGCUUGCCGAGCCGCUCGCGUCGGCUUUGUUCCGACAGCUCGCAUCGGCCGUCGCGUACUGCCACGCGUCGGGGGUCAUGCACCGGGAUAUCAAGCCGGACAACGUGCUUCUGCUGCGGCCUCCUGAUUCCGCCAGCGGCGGGCCUCGCAUUGCGACGGGCCCUGCGACGGAACAUGCGACAGGAUGUGCGACGAGCGUCGCGGCGGCGAUGGGCGCGGCGACAGCGACGGAGCAGCAGAUGGCAGGAGCAACGGAGAGAACUGCGAGGCAAACGGGCGGAGCACGUGGAGCAGCACGUGGGGCAGCUGACCCGCCAAGCCAGGGUUUAGGGUUCCAACCACAUUACCUUCCGCCUUCCAAGGCUGUAUUGAAUGCCGGAGCCUCUGGAGCCAUAAUCGGAGCGAGCAGCGCCGCAUUGCCGCCAGCGGGCGGGGGGAGGAGGGCCGCGCGGGAGCCUCGUGCGGAGGAGGGAUUGUGGGGGUGGCUCAUCGGCGCGCGGCUGUUCCCCUCCGCCGCGGGCAGAGGCGCGAGUUCCGACGGGCUCGGCGCGCAGGGGAGGGGCGGCAACAGUCCGCUGCGGGUCGUUCCGGGGAAGGUUGUGGGGAGGCGCUUCGCGGGGAAGAGCACGCGCGUUCAUCCCAUGGCGGGGGGGGAGGCGGAGGGGACUAUUGGCGCUGCGCUGACCGCGCAAUCCUCGCACUCCUCAAGCUCUUCUGCUUUCCCCUGGCUUUCUUCAGCCAGUUCUAUCCCCUUUGCGCCUACGCCCUCCCCAACCUCUGUCCUCCGCUCGCCCUCGAUUGUGUCACACUCUCUAUCACCCGCAUCCUCCACACCCUGCUGUCUUACAAUCACGACAGGGGGAGAGUUUGGGGAAAGGCGGUGCCCCCUCCUGCCCGCUUCCGCGGAAAGCAGCUCGUUUUCCGCCGUGGGAGCGGGGUGGGCGCACGUGGGUGCGGAGAGGGGCAUCUGGGGGGUGAAGCUGGCGGACUUUGCGCUGUCCACCGUGGUGGCGGGGGGCAUGCGCGGGGCAAUGGCGGACAGGGGCGCGGGGACGCGGCAGUACAUGGCGCCGGAGAUACUGCUGCUGGAGGUGCGGCGGAAAAUGGCCAGGGAGCGGCGGAAGGGAGGAGGGGGAGAGGCGGGGGGCAAGGGGGAUGCGAUUCAGGGCGAGGGUGGUGGUGGGGGUGCAGGGGGAACAGGGGGUGCAGGGGGAACAGGGGGUGCAGGGGGAACAGGGGAUGCAGGGGGAACAGGGGAUGCAGGGUGCAGCUAUGGCAUGAAGGCCGAUGUGUGGAGCAUGGGCAUCACUCUCUGCUCCAUGCUCACUGGCCGCCUGCCAAUUGUCAAGCCGGGGAAGCUGCUGGCCAUGCUGCAUGCGCAGCAGCAGCAGUUGGAGCAGCAGCAGCAGCAUGUGGAGUGGCAGCAGCAGUGGCAGCAGCAGCAGAAGCAGCAGUGGCAACGGAGAGAGGGUGAUGUGGGGGUGGAGAUGGGGAGGCAGCAGGGUGAGCAGGGAGGGUGGCAGUUGUGGGUAGGUCAACGUCCGUGUUUGCAGCAAGCAGCGUCGUAUGCGGGGGAGCAGCAGAUCAAGCAGGAUUACCACCGACAGCAGCAGCAGCAGCAGCAGCAGCAGCAGCAACAGCAGCAUGUUAUGGCAUCUCAAUCUCAGAACGAUCAUGCCCCGGCGAUCUCUGCACCCAUGGCACAUGCUGCACACAGCUACACCGGCGGUGGCCCUGCAUUCACUAGUGCCACUUUCCAUACAGUCACAUCCGCUCACCUUUAUCCCCCAGAUCCCAGCCUUGCACCAGUGGACAUGAACAGUAGUCUGCACAUUGACUUCGAGUCUCCUGGCUGGAAACCCAUCUCUGCAGCGGCGAAAGAUCUCAUCCGUCGAAUGCUCUGCAUCAACCCUGAUCAACGGCUGAGCUCGCUUGAAGUGCUGGAGCAUCCGUGGCUGAAUCAAGGGUCUGGCCCAUAUGAACUACAACGGAAAGCGGAUUGA